AGCGCUGCGCAUGCGCCGGGGCCGGGCGGGCCGGGGGCGCGCGUUCUGCGAGCUGAAUGUCCGGGCUCAGGGCGCUGCUGGGGCUGGGACUGCUGGUUACCGGCUCGCGUCUGCCGCGAAUCGGAAGCCAGGCCGGCGCCUGCCGCUUAGGACCCAGCUGGUGGGGACCGCAGCGACUGCACUCGGGUGGCCGCUGUUACUCAGAGGUCAUGGCGAGCACAGCAGUGAAGUACCUGAGCCAGGAGGAGGCCCAGGCCGUGGACGAGGAGCUAUUUAACGAAUACCAGUUCAGCGUGGACCAACUUAUGGAGCUGGCUGGGCUGAGCUGUGCCACAGCCAUCGCCAAGGCAUAUCCCCCCACGUCCAUGUCCAGGAGCCCUCCUACUGUCCUGGUCAUCUGUGGCCCGGGGAAUAACGGAGGAGAUGGCCUGGUCUGCGCUCGACACCUCAAACUCUUUGGCUACCAGCCAACCAUCUAUUACCCCAAAAGGCCUAACAAGCCACUCUUCACUGCAUUGGUGACCCAGUGCCAGAAAAUGGACAUCCCUUUCCUUGGUGAAAUGCCCCCAGAGCCCACGAUGAUUGACGAGCUGUAUGAGCUGGUGGUGGAUGCCAUCUUCGGCUUCAGCUUCAAAGGCGAUGUUCGGGAGCCAUUCCACAGCAUCCUGAGUGUCCUGAAGGGACUCACUGUGCCCAUUGCCAGCAUCGACAUUCCCUCAGGAUGGGAUGUGGAGAAGGGAAAUGCUGGAGGGAUCCAGCCGGACUUGCUCAUCUCCCUGACGGCACCCAAAAAGUCUGCAACCCAGUUUACUGGUCGCUACCAUUACCUGGGGGGCCGUUUUGUGCCACCUGCUCUGGAAAAGAAGUACCAGCUGAACCUACCAAUCUACCCUGACACUGAGUGUGUCUAUCGUCUGCAGUGAGGGAAGGUGGGUGGACAUUCUUCCCAGAAAAGACUUAGUGCCAUUCUCUCCCGGAACUGUGGAGUCCUGGGAGCUCUUCUGGUAAUAAAGUUUAGUGGGUGGCAGGAGCCAGAGAGCAACACUGGUGAUGUGGUGCCAUCUGUCUAAGGGAAACACAACAGGAAAGAAGGGUUGCUAUGGCAUUUGGAAGCAAUGAAAAUUGACUGUUGGAUGCC